AAGAUUUCAGGUUGUUGGUAUAUGUGACGGGUUGAUAUUUGUGAUCGUGCGUUUGUAUAGGGAAUUCUGCAGUUCUGGUGCAUUUGGUUGGGAGGAGCAGGCCGGUAGCGUGUCGUCGUUUCCUCGGAUUGGGAUCCCCUUUUUUCUUUUCAGGCAGCCUUUUGUGUUUCAUGUCAAAAUUUGUUUGCGUUUUCGGUAUGUCUUAUUAUUGCGUCUUUGGAAGCGAUGUUUCAGGGGGUAUAGAACACCGUCCCACCGAUGGACAGCGGGACGGUUUCAUACAUCAAUUCUCGUGCCUUUGCCUGACUCUGGGAUCAUUGGGUCAGGAUGAGGUUUGCACUUUCACGUCAUUGUUGUGCAUCUCAGACGGAGCUUUUCUUUUUUCUUUUUUCUUUUUUUUUCUUUUUCUGUUGGUUUCUGGCACGACCACGGUUGAAGGGGUUCAACCAUGGCAUUGCAUUUACUUUUCUAGAUUGUUUUUUGGUUUCUGUUUUCUCAGUUCAUCUCUGCACUCUUCGGCAAUAGGAUUCAGGAGAAUCAUGGUAUUGAUCACGGAUGGGAUACAUUGGAACGGACUCUGUUGGGGUGUUGGGGUAUCUUCCUUUUGAGCCAGCAAAAUUUCAGCCAGCGAUGACAGAAUUGGGAUGGGAUCGGAUUGGGAUUGUGAGUGCAAUAUGAUUUGUUCUGAUGUUUCUAUACAUUGAUUUUGUCCAUCUGGUUUUUGUACUUUUCUUGAGUGGUCACUCAGUGCAGACUUAGAGGUAAAGCUACUUUGUACAGGUUCAGCUUGACAGCUCAAGGCAUAAGUAACCUCAAA